GAUAUUUCGUAGUACAUGCUAAAAGCUGGUAGCGGAAGAUAAACAGAAACCAAGUUCAACAUGGCAGAGACUCACAGCUUGCAGGACAUGAGGCAACAGGCAGCCAUCGCUGCCAAAGUCUUCCUUCAGAGAGACUAUACGAAUGGCACUGUGUGCCAGUUCCAAACCAAGUUCCCCUCUGAGCUGGAGACCAGGAUUGACAAGCAGCAGUUUGAGGAGACAGUGCGGACGCUCAAUAACCUGUAUGCUGAAGCUGAGAAGCUGGGAAGCCAGUCAUAUAUUGAAGGUUGUCUGGCCUGCCUCACAGCGUAUACCAUCUUCCUGUGUAUGGAGACUCACUAUGAAAAGGUUUUGAAGAAGAUUGCAAAGUACAUUCAGGAGCAGAAUGACAAGAUCUAUGCACCACGAGGCCUCCUGCUCACCGACCCCAUCGAGAGAGGCCUGCGAGUUAUUGAGGUCACCAUCUUUGAAGACAGAAGUCUGACUAGAUAAAAGCUGCCACGCUGUUUAGCUGAGCGUAGCCGCCCAGCACCAGUGCCCAGCUCCCUGAGGACCACCCAGACCUGCACCCUUAAUACCGCGUCUCUACAAUCUGUCCCUUUCCACUAAUCGUCAUGUGCAUGUCCCAUUCAGAGUAUCCUUUGUGACCAAGUUUGAGAUUUCGUACCCGACAGUUAUUCAUGUAUUAUUUGGUUAUUAUUUGUGAUAUCUCUGUCUGCGUUUAAUAGUUUUCAGUUGAAGUCUGUUAUAUGCCUGUAUUAAGUUUGAGAAAAGCAAAGGAUGUCAUGCAAAACCUGGACUAACUCACUUACAGAAUUUAUUGACAUUCAAGUUUUUGAGUAUUUCUGGAAGUGUGAACUUUUCUAUAUUUCUUUCUUUUUUGGACAUUCCUUUUUGAAUAAUGAAGCCAAAAUACAGGGUAACUUAUUUUUAUGAAGGUUUAUACAACUCACCCACACCCAUGCUUUAAGUGAUUGUGUUGGCUGAACCACAGAAACAAGGAACUCUAGUUAUCAGUGUGGUUUUCUGCAUGUGCCGCUAUUCACCGUUUCUUUACUUUUAUUCUUAUUCAUGUAUUCCUGCAAGGGUGCUUGUUUUAGUGUAUGACCUUUUCUGCAUGUUUCCUUUUGUAGGGUUUGAUCUUAUAUUUACCACUGUGACUGCUUAACUUUGUCGGGAUCCAAACAUUCCAGUCAAACGGUCACAGAUUCAAAUAUUCAUGUACAUCUUUCCUAUUUAUGCAUUGAUUUAAGAGAUUCUUCUUUUGCUUUUUGAAAAGCCAAAACUUGUGCUUGCUCUGUAUUUAGCAUGUACUAUUGUUAAUGCAACUCCUCAUGUCAUGGUUAUUUUUUUAUUUGUAAACUGUGCUAUGCAUGGUGUUUGGUGACUACUGUUGAUUUUUGAAUCAUGUUUAAUAAGCAUAUAAUUCAUAUAUUAGUGAGGUUGCCUUUGACCGAAGUAUUUAAAGUGCUCUUGUUAGUUGACAGUGCCUGUAAUGGCUUUGAAUGUUGCCUUUGUGUAAGUCUAAAGGUCCCGGUCACACCAGGAUUUAACACAGCAAAGUUUUUCAGCAGUUUUUCCAGGCGAAUUCACACGAUUAGUGGAUUCACUCGUGGGGGCAAAAAGUCUAUCGGCACAAAUAUGCAUCAUGUUCAACAUUGGUGAACUUUUUCCUGCCAAUAUGCUCUGUUGACCAAUAGCAAACACUCUUGACAGUGACGGCUUUGAAGGGAUAGAGAUCUGGAUCCAGAAAAUCCAAAAUUGAGGAAGCAAUCAUAGCUUAUUUACCUCUGUUGUACCAUUCACUUUAACUUAACCCUCCUCUGGAGAGUAUGAACUGCUCCACAGUAGGGGAAUGGUUUUUAUGAGACAGGAGUACAAAUACAUCUUUUGGGUAAACUGACAACGGACCCUUCUGUCGGAUUGGCUAAAACCAACAACGCAUACCUGUUUAUUUGCACAUAAAGUGGGGAAGUGAGAUCCAGUCACAAGUGCUCACUCGAGACGCAUGUGGAGAUGCAUUUUAAAGCCAGGUGAGAACCGACGUGUUUAAAGCUGACCACUUAUGAUUAGAUCACUGAAGACCCAUUUUAAUGCUAGGUCUGAACUUAGCUCGUUGUGCUUUAUUUGUCAUGUUGAGUAAAAGAAAAGGGUGCACAGAAUGUCGGGGUAGGAAACAGAACAGUGCAGAGAAAAUAACGAAAAGUGGCAGUUAGCUCAGAAGCUAGCCCUGCGAGUACGGUCACUAUGUCUCAAAACUUCUAGAGCUAAUAUUUCACAAAGCCAUAUCAAGUAUUUUCACUGUGUCAUUUUCUGGUGUGAUCAUGUCUAAACAGUGAGAUUAUGUCAGUCAGCUCUGGAUUUUUGACUAAACUAAAGCAACUAAAUUUCAUGUUUUAUGAUUCUUAACUGUCUGUUAUUUAGGCAGGAGAUGCUCAGUUUAUGUUAGUGAAACCUUAGCAAAGGUUGAAUACGCUGUACACAUGGCUGGACAUGUUCAGAUGCUCAGAAGCUAAAGGAUGAACACUUAUCUUGAAUUAUGAUUUUUGUAAAUAAAGUUUCAUUAAUAAUUUUGAUUUAGCUCAUACUUUAUUUAUCUAGUUCUGUUAAUCGAACUUUUCUAGGUUCUUUUUUCAUUUGAAAUUGAAAUGUUUUAUUAAUCCAGAAGUUGUAUCCUCAUAAAUAAAACUUGUACAUAUUUUACACCA